AUGGGUCUCUUCUCUAAAGCACAGCCGGCAGAGAUAGCCGUUUCGGAGAAUCAUGAAAAGUCAGAAGACAAUGUUCGUGAUACGGAACCCAUGGACGCAACUGGCAACCGCCUCAACAGGGAAAAGGUACAGUCUGGCGUCGCUCGCAUCGAGGCCACCACCAAGAUCUGGUCCAAGUCACAUCUCAUCACCGCCCAUGUCAUUUUCCAGGGCGUCUCGUAUUGUGUCACCAUCUUCAUUGCCGAUACAUCAUCGCUUCUCAACCGACCACUCAUGCUUGCAUUUGCCACCUCACCGUACAUCGUCACGACGUGGGUUGGCGGCCCGGUUACUGAAAGUGCGCUCGCCGGUCCUGGAUGGCGAUGGGGAUUUGGUAUCUGGACCAUUAUUACCCCCGUUGUGAUCUUGCCUCUAUCUGUUCUGUUCCUCUACAACGACGGAAAAGCCGUCAAGGCUGGUCUCAUUGAGAAACGCACUGGCUGGAUUACUGUUAGGGACGUGUGGGACUACAUUGUUGCUAUGGCUUUGGUUGGAAUCCUCUUGCUUGCGGGUGGCAUGGCCCUCUUUCUUUUGCCCUUUGGCAUUUGGUCCUAUCAGGCAGAGCAAUGGCGCGCCCCGUUGAUCAUUGCAUGCUGCUUCAUUCCAUAUGAGCUGCUCCUGGAUCGCACCGUCUUUUCCGCUGGUGUGAGCUUCAUCUUCAUCUAUGCAGGUGCUAUCAUUGCUGGCCUCAUUGUCCACAAGAUUGGAAAGUUCAAGUGGGUUUCUACUUAUUACGCGCUGCCUCUUACUAUCCUGGAGGUUGGCCUCAUGAUAAAGUUCCGGCAAGCCUCGGAGGACAUUGGAUACGUGAUCAUGACGCAGAUUUUUGUUGCCUUUGCAGGAGGACCCAUGGUCGUUGCUGGUGAGAUGGCUAUGAUGGUGCCUUCGGACCAUCAGCAUGUGGCUGUCAUCAUGGCCAUGCUUAACCUCUUUUGCAGCAUCGGAUCUGCCGUUGGUAGCACCAUAUCAUAG